AUGCAUAUCUCCUUAACUUCCCUUGCCCUUGUCCUCGGCCUGGUUUCGGUCUCCGCGCUCACGACCAACAUUAAAGUUGCUCGCGACGCCACGGUCUCCUACAACUCGAUCAAGGCCAAUGGGCAAUUCGACUCGCUCACACGCAAGGGGCUGCUCCCAACGCUCGUAGCCUCAAAUACGCGCACAGAGCCGCUCACCCACGACCGCAUACUCCUGGGCUUUGACUUUCCCACCAGUAUCAAGCUGACGCCCAAUGUGAGGUGUAAUCUGGUGAUUCCCGCGCCACUGGAGGGCCCAGUUGUUAAUUACAGCUUGACAGCAUCGGCGGCGGAGAGCGGGUGGGAGGAGGAGACGGUUAAUGGCGGAACGAGGAUUGGCGAGGUGAGGGUGCUGAACAGUAUGAAGGUGGUUGGGGACAAGACGGGUUCGCUUGGGGUUGUGGAUAUUACGCGCGCGUGCCAGGCGGCUGCGGCGACUAAGGGCCGCAGGUUCAGCGUUAUCGUCGACUCGAACUCGCCGAGAGUCGUGUUUAACUCGAAGCAGUCUGGCCAGAGCAGCAUCUUCAGUGUCGACAUUAUCCAUUAG